AUGGGACUGCAGUCACCAGCCCUGAUGGCCUCUGCCCUGGUGUAUUUCAUCCAGCUUCCUCGGGCAAGAUGUGAGGAGAACUGUGUCAGUCUUCAACACUGCCUGACCACAGAUUGGGUACAUCUCUGGUAUAUAUGGUUGCUGGUGGUCAUCGGGGCACUGCUUCUCCUGUGUGGUCUGAUUUCUGUGUGCUUCCGCUGCUGUCUGGGUCGCCAGCAAAAUGGGGAAGAGGAGGGCCGGCCACCCUAUGAAGUGACGGUCAUCGCUUUUGACCAUGACAGCACUCUCCAGAGCACCGUCACUUCCCUGCAAUCAGUGUUCGGUCCUGCGGCUCGAAGGAUCCUGGCUGUGGCUCACUCCCACAGCUCCCUGGGCCAGCUGCCCUCCUCUCUGGACACCCUCCCAGGGUAUGAGGAAGCACUUCGCAUGACUCGAUUCACUGUUUCAAGAUGCGGGCAGAAAGCACCUGAUCUACCCUCAGUGCCAGAAGAAAAGCAACUGCCCCGGGUGGAUAAAGAGUCUCCCGGAGUACAACACUCUUCUAAUUGA